GUGAAUUCAUUUUUGAUCGAACUGGGGAGAAAAACGACUGUCAGAAAUCUGCACGUUCACAAGCUUAGCUUUGCUUACUACUUGGGCUAAUGAAGUUUUUGUUUUAUCUUUCCAAGUGAUAAAAAAAUAGGAAGAGCAGUUUUUAUAUAGGCUAGGGUUCAGUAAUUUUUUUAUGUCGAGUUCUUAUAAGCAAUAACUAACGAAAAGAUGGCGCCGUCCGUCCUCCAUCUUGUUUAGUGCGACUGUGCGAACAUUCAAACAGCAGAAGCCUUACAUCUACUAUUGUGAUCAGUAAGUGAUUAUUUGUAAAAUUCUUUUUUUUUUAAUGUAAAUAUGGGUACAGUACUCAGUGUUGCUCCGAGAGAACAAAGACCUGUCUACAAGGUAAAUCAUUUCAACCAAGAACAGUUGAAUAACUUCAAGAACAAAGAAAAAUCUUUAGAGAAAAUUAUGAACAGCAACAUGCACAAUAACGUAAAUCAAACUAAAAGGCACUCUCUGUUUAUUAAUGCUCUUAACUGGAAGAAUUUUAAUGUAUCUGGGAAGAAAAAGACGGACAAGAACAAAAACUUUACUUCUCGUCAUCAUCUGGACAACAUGGACUCGUUAGUGGACAACAACAAGAACAUCCAGAAAUCUUUGUCGUGUUACAAUCUUAAAACUAGAACUGUAAGCCCACUGGAUUUAUUUGUAAACAAUAAUAUCGAAGAAGAAAAGAAACGAUUCCAGAAGAAUGGCCCUCCUCUUCCACCCAAGCCCACUACCGUGUUGACUGCCCAUAACUUAAUUCGCCCUGUGUACUACAGUCAUCAGCAGGGUUUUGAGGCACCAACUAGACCAGCAUCAGUCCCUGGGAUGCGAAGAAGAACUAUCAUUCAAGCAUCAACAUCGGAACUGCUUCGAUGCUUCGGAGAGUUUUUGUAUCGUCGUUGCCGAAAAUUAAGAGAUUUUAAAGGUGGGGACGCCAUCUUGUGGCUUCGUACAGUGGACCGUUCUCUUCUUCUUAAAGGGUGGCAGGACAUUGCCUUCAUAAACCCAGCAAACAUUGUGUUUUUGUACAUGCUAGUCAGAGAAAUUCUUACAGAAGAUAUCGAAAGUCGACGAGAACUUCAAGCUAUUGUUCUAACAUGCUUGUACUUCUCUUACUCGUAUAUGGGAAACGAAAUAUCUUACCCUUUAAAACCUUUUCUUAUUGAGCAAAAUAGGGAUAAGUUCUGGGAGAGGUCGCUGUUAAUUAUCAAAUUACUCAGUGCUAAAAUGUUACGUAUUAACAGCGACCCUGCUUUUUUCACUGAUGUUUUCUCCGAGCUUAAGGCUUGUUGUUCCUUAUCCGGUUAGCAGAGAUUCUGGUAUUUAUAAAAUGUGGUGUUUUAGCCUUUCCAUUUUCUCGUGAUGGUUGUACUUUAGAGUUUGCUACAAGGUUUUUGUCACGUGACUGUCAGGAACCGCAGCGCCGUUCGCUGCUGAUACUGUGAGAUUAAGGAGUUAACUAACGUACCUUAUAUAACAAUACUGUGAUUUUUUUCGAUCUUGAGAUAUGAACCCUCACACACAGCCAGCAAACUUGAAAUUAGUACUUUUGAUAUAUUUUCCCCUAUUUAAUAUCAUGCUCGAAGUGAGAGGGGUAUACGGGGGUGUGGCAUACCCUCACUUCUUAAAAUCAAAGUUAUCCAUACCAACACUUUUUUCUUCUUAUAAAGUGCGUACCGGGAUUUUUGAGUCCACCCAUUGAGGCCUGUCAUAUGUCAUACCCCUGCUUAGUUUUUCACGAUUUGAGCACUGUGUAAUAUAGUCAUCUAAAAUUAUUCGAAACUUCUGCUGCCGACUAUACUUAAUAUUAUAAUUGAAUAUGUACUUCUUACUGAACAUUUUAAGAAGUUAUCGAAGUGUUUUUUUGUUGUUGUUUUGUACUCCAUUUGUAUUUGUGAAGCAAGUUUUACCAAGCUUUCAAACUACUGUGCUCCAAAGAGUUUAAACAGAAGCGCUAAACGGUUUGAUUUCAAUUUCAGUAACCACUUUUUUUUAAUUCACUCGAAUUGUUUCAUGAGAAUUACCAGAUAAAAGUAACUACGUGAUUGUCCUUAAUAUUCAGAGACUUUGACAUUAUCCUUUGUUUUUCAUUUUACUUAGAAUAAGCUGUUUCAUUAUUUUAACUAAAGGACAGAAAUUCUAAUGCUUAUCGCUACAAGAUAUUACCAAUAAAUCUUUCUGCUUGACGGUAUAGUUUCUUACUAGGCCUGAAAUUUCAUUACCGGUAUAAUUUCUUACUAGGCCUGAAAUUUCAUUAACGGUAUAAUUUCUUACUAGGCCUGAAACUUCUUUAACAGUAUAAUUUCUUACCAGGCCUAAAACCUCCUUAACGGUAUAAUGGUUACUAUGCCUGAAACUACUUUUAAUGCUAUAAUUGUUUAUUAGUCUUGAAACUUCUUUAACAGUAUAAUUUCAUACUAGGCCUAAAACUUCCUUAUCGGUAUAAUUUCUUAAUAGGCCUAAUUAAUAACUUUUGUGCCUAAGUGAUUUUCGAAUUAAGUUUUAAGCAAGAUCUUCAUAUAUUCAAGUUUUGAAUAUCACUUGAAUAAACAUAAUCAACUACUUGAAGGGAAUAUUUAAUUCUUAAUUUUUAUUCUAGUUGACAAAAACAAAACAAUAGGUAAAAAGGUGGUUAUUUAGAAUCCUAGCUUUCAAUCUGAAGCCCCAAGUGUGCUAUAACAGCUAUGUUACUUGGACCAGCAGUAGCUCGUGUACUGCUGGUGUUAAAGUACAAAAGGUGAAGUUAUUUAAGAAAAUCUAUCACAUUAAAAAAAUCAAAAUGACCAUUUUUUCUGGCCCUUACUUUUUAUCCAUAAAAUUAACUUUGAUCUCUAACAAUAAUAAGGAGUUUAGAUUAAACACAAGUCAAAUGGUAAUUUAUAAAUAAUCCCCUUAUGUGGCCUCUCUCUCGUAUUGUCCCCUGUUAGGAAAGCGGUAAGUAUACGGACUUAAAACGCAAAAUCCGAGGCUCAUUUCCUGCAGUAGAUAGAGCGCAUAUAGCCAUUGCAUAGCUUUGCGUUGAAAUAAUCACACACACAAAAAAAACUCUCGUGUUUAAAUCAAUAAUAAAGCGUUCUCCUUUGAAUAAGGUUACGAGAUUCUCAAACAAUGUGUGGUAUGGAAUGUUAUAACAUAUUCUUAUUUGCAUUUAGUCCUAACGGAGACAAGAAUGACAGGAAAUCUUAGAGAAAAUAGUAAAGAUACUGAAAUUGCUUUUAAAUAGUAGACUUUAGUUCUUUAUGAGUCAAAAAGAGCAUUUUGAUCC